AGCAAAAUGGGGGUAGUUGAACGAAAAAAUAGAACUAUUAUAGAAACUGUUCGUACUAUGUUGUUGGAAUAUAACUCUCCAAAAAUCCUUUGGGGAGAAGCAGUAUGACUGUUGUUUAUGUCAUUAAUAGGGUCUUAAUUAGAAAAUACGUAAACAAAACUCCCUAUGAGAUUUUAAAGGAAAAAUCACCUAAUCUGGGAUAUUUUCAUCCAUUUGGAUGCAAAUGUUUUGUUCUGAAUACAAAAGAUCAUCUACACAAGUUUGAUGCAAAAUCUGAUAGGGCAAUUUUCUUAGGUUAGUCAAUCAAAGGUCAAGCUUUCAGAAUAUACAAUCUUAGAUCCAAAAAAGUGUAAGAAUAUGUUUUUUGUUAAAUUUGAUGAAUCUAAUAAUCCAAACAAGGUCUUUGCAGACCAUGUAGAUUUCAUUUUCCCCUUGCAUGAGCAUAUUUCUAUCAAUCAACAAGGGUAUCACUCACGAAAUGAUACAACACCUGUUGAGAAUAAUGAACAGCAAGAAGAACAAGGUCUUCAUGAUUCAACCAUAGAGGAAGUGCCAAAAACAGCCACUACAUACAUUCAUAAUCCUCAAUCUCAAAUCAUAGGAAGCAUGAAUGACAAAAUGCAUACUUGAGGUAAGUAUACUCUAGGUCAGUACGUAUUUGUUUCUCUUUUGGAACCGAAAAGCUAUAAAGAAGCAUUGAAUGAUGAUGAAUGGUUGAAUGCUAUACAAUAAGACCUUUUACAAUUUGCUAGAUUGCAUGUCUGGGAAUUAGACCCUAGACAAAUAGAUCAGUUGAUUACUUGAUUAUUUGGCACAAAAUGGCUUUUCCUUCUCCUUCUCAAGUUUCCUAAUACUCGUGCUCACGGAACUUAUUUUUAAAUUCUCUUGAAUCUUUAUGUUAGAUCCAUUUAUUCUAGUUUGCUUGAUAUUUUGCAGUCCCUAAGAAGGACUUGCUGUUUUGUUUUUCUAAUGUCUUUUGUGCUCUUUUUGUUCUCGUUCCUUUUUGUAGGAUUAUCUGAUUUAGCAGGCGAAGGGGGAAUUUGUGGUACGUCUCUUCGGCGCCGUUUCUGCUCUCUCCAAAACGGUGUCGUCUUCACCAAAUCAAUAAUCUUCUUCUUCUCAUACGACGGCGCUCUGCGGAAUCUCUCUUCUCACAAUGUCGACCCUAAUCUCGUGGUUUGCUCGAUCUGCUCAAAAGACCUGGCAUCAUCAUCCUCUCCUCCGCCUCUCCGUUCAAGGCAGCCUUUCUGCAAACCCAACGACGGAUCUUCCUCAGCUUUCUUGUUCGCUGCUCAAGAUCCGUCCAACGGUCAUCUCUACUUCUCUAUUUAUACCUUUUGCAGCACUUGGGCAAGGUUUGGCGAUUUUCUCUUGAUAGGUUAAGAUAGGGUUUUCUUCCUACGAGUAAUUUGAUCCAUUGUAUCGCUUCAGUAACUUAGUUUACAGUAUUAGUGUACUGGUUAAACUCUGUUUGGGAAGAGAUUGCAUUUCUUUUGAUCAUGAACUCUGUAGUUUGAGUUCAUGAUUUUGUUUCUUUGUAUUUCCAGAAAAUCAUCUUCGUUUGCUUUCCUAUAAAUAAAUUUAGUUCCU